CCCUCCGGGGCGCCGGCCCAUGGCGGCCGCGGGGCGGCUGUGGCUGCUCUACCUGUCGGCGGGGCUCCUGCCCCGGCUCGGCGCCGCCUUCAACCUGGACACCCGCGAGGACCAUGUGAUCCGGAAAGCCGGGGAGCCCGGGAGCCUCUUCGGCUUCUCGCUCGCCAUGCACCGGCAGCUGCAGCCCGAGGACCGGCGGCUGUUGCUUGUGGGGGCCCCUCGGGCGGUGGCCCUUCCGCUGCAGAGGGCCAACAGAACUGGAGGCUUGUACAGCUGUGACAUCACCUCCCCAGGGCCUUGCACACGGAUUGAAUUUGACAACGACGCUGACCCUUCAUCAGAAAGCAAAGAAGAUCAAUGGAUGGGGGUCACCGUGCAGAGCCAAGGUCCAGGGGGCAAAGUUGUGACAUGUGCUCACCGAUAUGAAAAAAGGCAACAUGUCAAUACAAAGCAGGAAUCCCGAGAUAUCUUUGGAAGGUGUUACGUCCUGAGUCAGAAUCUCAGGAUUGAGGAUGACAUGGAUGGAGGAGACUGGAGUUUUUGCGAUGGCCGAUUGAGAGGCCAUGAAAAAUUUGGUUCUUGCCAGCAAGGAGUAGCAGCUACUUUUACUAAAGACUUCCAUUACAUUGUGUUUGGAGCCCCGGGCACUUAUAACUGGAAAGGCAUUGUUCGUGUAGAGCAAAAGAAUAACACUUUUUUUGACAUGAACAUCUUUGAAGAUGGGCCUUAUGAAGUUGGUGGAGAGACCGACCAUGACGAAAGUCUAGUUCCUGUUCCCGCUAACAGUUACUUAGGCUUUUCUUUGGACUCAGGAAAAGGUAUUGUCUCUAAAGAUGAGAUCACUUUCGUGUCUGGUGCUCCAAGAGCCAAUCACAGUGGAGCUGUGGUUUUGCUAAAAAGAGACAUGAAGUCUGCACAUCUUCUCCCUGAGUACAUUUUUGACGGGGAAGGUCUGGCUUCAUCAUUUGGUUAUGACGUGGCAGUGGCGGACCUUAACAAAGAUGGGUGGCAGGAUAUAGUUAUUGGAGCCCCACAGUACUUUGAUAGAGAUGGAGAAGUUGGAGGUGCUGUGUAUGUUUACAUUAACCAGCAAGGGAGGUGGAAUAAUGUCAAGCCAAUUCGUCUUAAUGGAACCAAAGAUUCCAUGUUUGGCAUUGCAGUAAAAAAUAUUGGUGAUAUUAAUCAAGAUGGCUACCCAGAUAUUGCAGUUGGAGCUCCUUAUGAUGAUAUGGGGAAGGUUUUUAUCUAUCAUGGAUCCCCGAACGGCAUAAAUACCAAGCCAACACAGAUCCUUGAGGGUAAAUCCCCUUAUUUUGGAUAUUCAAUUGCUGGAAAUAUGGACCUUGAUAGAAAUUCCUACCCUGAUGUCGCUGUUGGCUCUCUCUCAGAUUCAGUAACCGUGUUCAGGUCCCGGCCUGUGAUCAAUAUUCAGAAAACGGUCACCAUAACACCUGACACGAUUGACCUCCGCCAGAAAACGUUAUGUGGGGCGCCUAGCGGGAUAUGCCUCAAGGUGAAGGCCUGUUUUGAAUACACUGCCAAACCCACAGGUUACAAUCCUUCGAUAUCAAUUUUGGGCACACUGGAGGCUGAAAAGGAGAGAAGAAAAUCUGGGCUGUCAUCAAGAGUUCAGUUUCGAAACCAAGGCUCUGAGCCCCGGUACACUCAGGAGCUGACUCUGAACAGACAGAAGCAGAAGGCCUGCAUGGAGGAAACCCUGUGGCUCCAGGAAAACAUCAGAGAUAAACUGCGUCCCAUUCCCAUAACUGCUUCAGUAGAGAUCCAAGAGCCAAACACGCGGAGGAGAGUGAAUUCGCUUCCAGAAAUUCUUCCAAUUCUGAAUUCAAACGAACCCAAGACAGUUCACAGAGAUGUGCACUUCUUAAAAGAGGGAUGCGGAGACGACAACAUAUGUAACAGCAACCUUAAACUGGAAUAUAAAUUUUGUACCCGAGAAGGAAGUCAGGACAAAUUUUCUUAUUUACCAAUUCAAAAAGGUGUCCCAGAACUAGUUCUGAAAGACCAGAAGGACAUUGCUUUAGAAAUAACGGUGACAAACAGCCCUUCCAAUCCAAGGGACCCCACGAAGGACGGAGAUGACGCUCAUGAAGCCAAACUCGUGGCAACCUUCCCGGACACUCUGACUUACUCGGCGUACAGAGAACUGAGGGCUUUCCCUGAGAAGCAGCUGAGUUGUGUUGCCAACCAGAACGGCUCGCAAGUGGACUGUGAGCUUGGAAAUCCUUUUAAAAGAAAUUCCAGUGUGACUUUUUAUUUGAUUUUAAGUACAACUGAGGUCACCUUUGACACCACAGACCUGGAUAUUAAUCUGAAGUUGGAAACAACAAGCAAUCAAGAUAAUUUGGCUUCAAUUACAGCUACGGCAAAAGUGGUUAUCGAACUGCUUUUAUCGGUCUCAGGAGUUGCUAAACCUUCCCAGGUGUACUUUGGAGGUACAGUUGUCGGUGAGCAAGCUAUGAAAUCUGAAGAUGAGGUGGGAAGUUUGAUAGAGUAUGAGUUCAGGGUAAUUAACUUGGGUAAACCUCUGAAAAACCUCGGCACAGCAACCUUGAAUAUCCAGUGGCCAAAAGAAAUUAGCAAUGGAAAAUGGUUGCUCUAUUUGGUGAAAGUCGAGUCCAAAGGAUUGGAGAAGAUAGCUUGUGAGCCACGGGGUGAGAUAAACUUCCUGAAACUAAAGGAGUCUCACAACUCAAGAAGGAAACGGGAAAUUGCUGAAAAACAGAUAGAGGAUAGCAGAAAGUUUUCCUUAUUUGCUGAAAGAAAAUAUCAGACCCUUAACUGCAGCACGAAUGUGCGCUGUGUGAACAUCAGCUGCCCGCUGCGAGGGCUGGACAGCAAGGCCUCUGUUGUUCUGCGCUCGAGGUUAUGGAACAGCACGUUUCUAGAGGAAUAUUCCAAAAUGAACUACUUGGACAUUCUCGUGCGGGCUUCCAUUGACGUAGCCGCCGCUGCCGAGAAUAUCAAGCUGCCGAAUGCUGGCACUCAGAUUCGUGUGACUGUGUUUCCCUCAAAGACCGUAGCUCAGUAUUCAGGAGUACCUUGGUGGAUCAUCCUAGUGGCUAUACUUGCUGGGAUUUUGAUGCUUGCUCUCUUGGUGUUUAUACUAUGGAAGUGUGGUUUCUUCAAGAGAAAUAAGAAAGAUCAUUAUGAUGCCACAUAUCACAAGGCUGAGAUCCAUGCUCAGCCGUCUGAUAAAGAGAGGCUUACUUCCGAUGCAUAGUAUUGAUCUACUUCUGUAAUUGUGCGGAUUCUUUAAACGCUCUAGGUACGAUGAUAGCGUUCCCCGAUACCAUGCUGUGAGGAUCCGGAAGGAAGAGCGGGAGAUCAAAGAUGAAAAAUACAAUGAUAACCUUGAAAAAAAACAGUGGAUCACAAGUUGGAAUGAAAAUGAAAGCUACUCUUAAAAGGGGCCAAAAAAAAAAAAAAAAAAGCUUCACAGUACCCAACUGCUUUUCCCUCGCCAGCUCAGAAGUCUCAGUGGACCCAAGAGCCUGCUCUGUACCUGAAUGUUCAUUUCAGACAAGAUGACGCACAGUACGAACUUAGCUUUCACUGUGGAUCUUGUCCUGUAGCCCGAGGCUCCGGGUUUGCACAACCAAAUUUAAGACUGUUGGAAUGGAGUUUUCUUUACCUGCCUUAAUUUGACUUUCUGGGGUUGCCUUUGUUCUCGGUGUAGCUGACCUCCCUGUGCGGGAAGGGCCUGCCCAGCGUAGCUGAAGUGAAGGAGGCACCCAGUCGCUGCCCGAGUGGUCCCCCCACCCCCCACCCAGGGCACGGUCUCCGCACCCAUCCUUCCCGUAGGACUGGAGAGCCUGCAAGCUAACUGUCCCGCAUCACCGGACACUGCCGUCGCCGUAGUUGUAUUUCAGUUCGAAGUGCUAUCUUAAGUUAAAUGUGCAAUAGGUGACGUUGCCAUCCUGCCAUCUUUCCCCAUUUCCUAGAUGUGUGAGUACUCAUCACACCAGAUAACAUACAGGUUUCACUUCUCUGUUCACUGAAACACAUAGGUGCAAAAGACUUGAAUGCUAGUUAUACUUACUUGUAUAUCGUAUUUAUUUUUUCUUUUUUACAAACCAUUUUGUCACUGACAGGCCAAAGAGUCUCCCGUUUACCCUCCCAGUUGGAUUAAACAAUCAGAAUUAGAACAUGGGAGGUCAUUGGUUUGAAUUUAGUGCAAAAAAAAAAAAAUAAAGCUAAUCCUUUAUAAGUUAUUAUAUCUCCCUUCAUGAUAGCCGUCAUCCCUUUCCUCCAGACCCAAACUUUGGGUUUAAGUGAAAGUCUAUUAAGAAAUAGGAUUUAACCAUAAGAUGUUUAAUUAUAUCAGACCGGAUAUUUCUGAGGGUAGAGCCCUGUGUGACCUCCUGCAUUUUUGUGCUGUAACUUUCAAGAAUGCUUGGAAACAAUGGGUUUGUUGAACUUUGGUGCAGCGUAGGCCCUGCUGCAAAUACUGUAUCAUCAGGACUUGAAAGAAAGGGUUGGUGCCUAUGGUGGAUCCAAACCGAUCCAGUGUGAGACUACUGAGUAUCUGAUACCAAAGUCAGGACAUCAUGGCUUUUAUGUUUUUAAAUGUUAUUGGAAUCAUUUAAUCAGUGAGUCAAUGUUGGGUUUUUUUUGCUUUGUUUCCUUCCUUAUCUAUAUUCCCCAAAAUUACUUUGGGACUGUGCUAACUGUAUGGUUUUAAUUAUAAAAAUGAAGUAGCAGAGGAGGAAAACAUUUCUAUACAUUCAACAGAGAUUGGGUAGGUAAUCUGAAUUUUAAAAAAUGUUAAGUUAUAUGGGAAAUAAUAGCAAACAGGUGCUAAUUUGGAUCUAGUAUAAGCAGCAUCUCAAAUCUUUCAGAAGAACAAAAUACAACUGUAUUUGUGUGUCACUGUUGCUUUGGAGCUUUUUUCUUUUCAGAAAUCAUAUGCCCUUAAGAUAGUAAGGACAUUAUUCUCCUUGAACUUUGGAAUUUUCAUUCACAAAGAUAUUUUUACAAUUGAUACUUUGUUUACAAAAAUUUCUCCAAAACAGGUCAUACUAGCCUUUGAAAUCUUUGAAGCAAAUCCUUUGAAGCAAAUCCUUGCUUAGGUAACUUGUAACCAAAUGCACUGGCUUUAUAGGUUGCCAAGCAGCUGAUAUUUUGAAAGUGUCUAUGGACCUUUGUUAUAAAAAAAAAAAAAAAGAAAAAAGAAUAUCCUAAAAGGGAAGGAAGGGUGGUUCAACAACAAAGAAUGUAGUGGUGUUUAUUUUUAAAAGCGUCAUCUCAAGUCAAGUCACUGGUCUGUUUGCAUUUGAUACAUUUUAAUACUAACUAGCACUGUAAAAUUAUUUCAUGAUUAGAAAAUACCUGUGGAUAUUUGUAUAAAAGUGUGAAAUAAAUUUUUUUAUGAAAGUGUUUAUUGCUUAGUAACACAAGCUCUCAAAUUAUAAAUAACCUGAAUUGCUUUCUUAUUUCAUGGAGCCAACCAAACUCAAGUUUUUUAUAUUUUUUAUGUGAUUGAAGGUUUUCUUUCUUCCUUUGGGCUCUACUGUUCAGUUGAGAUCAUAAAAAAAGAAAAAUCUUACAAGAUGGUUUUAUUCAAGAUACCUACAAAUAAUGAUACCAUGGUGUGAAGAGUAAGAGUUCUUAUGGCAAAGUUGCUUUCUUCUUAGAUGUUUUGGAUGUGAGAGCAGUUCGGCUGUGCCAUUACUCAUCACCAAGGAUUGCUUUGGCAGAGCUGACUGGCCUGAAAAUAUUUUCUUCAUGAAAGCAAUUUUAUGAACCUUCUCGAGUUGGAUUAUCACAAUCUAAUAAAUGAAAAUAAGGCAUCUAUGUAGUGCUCAGAUAAUAUAGCAUGCCAUGGCCUUGAAUAAAUUUCCAAGGCAAAAAAUGCAUUAUCUGUCAAAUAAUAGUUUUCUACUGUACUUGGUAUCACAUAGUGAAUUUUAGUCGUCUUCGUUCUUUGAAGACAAGACAGGUUUUACCACCCAAAGAAAUCUGAGGGGUACUUUUAAAUGACAGACCAGUGGCUAUGAACCUUUAUUCACAGUCCCAUGGACCUACCCAGAUUAAUGAUUGGUGUGGAAUCGUCAUUAUAAGUGUCAGCAGCUGUGGUUUGGCUAGAGCAUAAAUGACCUGCGCUGGAUAUCAUGGCACUGUUUUAUAGGAUUCUACUCCUUUCUCUUUAAAAAAUCCUAGGAGUGACAGUAGUAGAUAAACAGGAAUACCCUUGGAUCCACUGACAAACAUUAACAUUUUGUUGCUGGUUACGGGUCACUUGCCACAGUCUCACAAUGGGUCAUCCCCUUGGGGUUGAGGCUGUUCUGGAAUAUGGAACAGAUGUAAGGGUAAGAUCAAGUGUUCUACCCUAAAUGAACACCACUUAAUAAGAACUGAUAUCUGGUACACUAACUCAUGAAAAGACAACGUGGGAAGAUGGACUGGGAUUUUGUUUUAAAGGAAGAAGAGUGAACUGCUCCAGGUGGCUGGGUUCCACGGAAGUACAACCUGAUGGCCGAGAAACCAGGAAUGUAUGAAAAUCGUAAUCAGGAGGGGGAGCAUAAAGUAAAUGAUUAAAAGCAGUUCCUUAAGACCAAAGGGUAGGGUCUAAUGGUUCACCCACUGAGGAAAAGGCAAGGUCCAAAGAGAUGAAGAAAAUGAACUUCAGUAGGCCUCUGUUCUUUCAGUAAGUAGUUCCUACUUAUGGUCAAAUGGCAAGUUAGUGUUUUCUUUCUCUUAUUCCUUUAAAAAAAAAACAGGUUCUGCCAACUUUGAAAGGCAUCUGGCCCAGUGCUGAGGCCACAUCCACAGAGGCGUUAACCAACAGACCCACCCAGAAGGAAGGUGAUAGAGGAUUUAACCAUGGGAUCCCUUUAAGAAUAAGUGAAUUUGAAGACAGAAACCAGAAUGAGAAAAAACUGGCCUAGCACAGUGCAAAGGGGGAGGCAGGUGCAACCGAGUGCAUAACCGACCAGGGAAUGCUGAACUAGGACACUAGAGUGAGGCGUCCAAGUGCAAUUUUUGUAGAGUCCGCAAAGCUUAAGGGCCUCGGUCCUCUCUUUGCCCUUCCCCAGAAGCCAGCUCUCAGACCGUUCCAUGGAAAUGGGCAAGGACAGACCCACAUGAGCAGAGGUCAGAUAAAACUUACUAUUCAUACUUCUAGAACAUUCACAAAAAAAGUCUCAAACUACAAGGAUGGCAAGUACGUCAUCAUCCAGAACUUAGCAGAUAAUAUUACGUGAGUGCUCUGUUAAGAUCCUGUCACUGUUAAGGGGUGCUGGGGUAGCUUAGACACUCUUGGCCGAGUGUCUGACUCAUGGUUUUGGCUCAGGUCACAAUCUCAGGGUCCUGGGAUCCAGCCCAGUGUCGGGCUCCACACUCAGCAGGGAAGCCGCUUAAGAUUCUCUCUCUCCCUCCCUCUGCCCCUACCCCAUGCUCACUGGCGUGCUCUCUCAAUGUUAAAACAAGAUCUAUCAUUGUGAAAUGGAGACAAAUGCAGUUUAAUAACUGAUAGAUGAAUAAACAUGUGGUACAUGUGUUCUAUGGUAUAUUACUCAGCCAUAAAAAAAUUUUUUUUCCAUCUGAGACAACACAGAUGGACCUAGAGGGCAUUACGUUAAGUGAAAUAAGUCAAAGACAAAUACCGUGUGACUUCCUUUAGAUGUAGAACAUAAAAACCAAAGCAGAAAGAGACCCAUAAAUACAGAGAACAAACUGACGGUUGCCGGGGUGGGGGGUGUGGAGAGGAAACAAAAUAGUGAAGGGGAGUGGGAGGUGCACGCUCUCAGUUUUGGAAUGUAUAAGUCUCAGAAAUGAAAGAUGUAGCCAAUAAUACUGUAAUAGCAUUUUAUGGUGAUAAAUGGCAGCUACACUUGUGUUGAACACACAUAAUGUAUGUAUAUAGUUGUCUAAUUACUAUGUUGUACACCUGUAACUAAUGUAGCACCGUGUGUUAACUGCACCUUAAUAAAGAAACAAGGGGCACCUGG